GAUUGGCCGGAACUCUAAAGGGGGCGGGGACUUGCGCUAGAAGAGAGUACGGGGUUUAUCCGCUUACUAGUUUAGCGGGAGAAUUUGUGUGAUGGAGCGGGAUCAAGAUGAGGUGGCGUUUCCAAAGGAAUUGGUUUCCAAACUGCUUCAUGAACACCUUAAAAAUGAAAAAAUGAGAGUCAGCGCUGAUGCAUUGCUUCUUCUAGCAGAACUGCUGAAAGUAUUUGUCAGAGAUAAACUCACAGCAAUCCAUGCUUCUAUAUUCUUUUCUACUCAGAGGCAGCUGCUCGAACAGCUCGUCAGGCGCUGGUUGAAGACAUUACAGUAGGGGAUGUUGAGCAGGUGGAGAAAAUCCUUCCUCAGCUGCUCCUGGAUUUCUAGGCUUGCGGAAGAUCAGUGAGAGGUUGGUCCCUCAAGAAGCACAAGUGCCCCAUCCUCUGUUAUAUAACAAGCUCCUUUACACUCACAAUAUGUAUAUACAGCAAUGUGUAUAAUUAAAGCCUCCACACUGAUGAUAUUUGAGACUCAGAAUCCCUGCAAAGACAUGUAGACAUGCUUAUUUUAUAGGCAUGUUCCUAAACAAAACAUUUGAUGCAAUUUAUGUGUGUUUUGUGAGCCCUUUGAAGAAAAUCAUCCUAAAUAGACAGUGUGUUUGGUGCCUUCGGCUCACAAGCUUUUAUUUUAGGAACAAAAAAUACUUCAAAAGCUAAUGAGUCAUCAGUUCUACAUGACAUUGCAUUACACUACAACUACAUUACAGGAUCUGUACAUUUUGAAUAAGCUCCUCUUCAACUGCCUAAUACAGCCUAGUUUUACAUGUAUUGUGUAGCUACAUUAUUUACACUAGCUAGAAUAAUACCCACCCCCCUUUCUACUAUACAAUUCUCUCGUGUGUCAGGUUUGUCAUUCUUCAUGUAUUCAUUUUGCAAAUGCAUUUAGUACAACAGGUAUCCCUUAUGUUUUUGUAGUGCCUAAAUUACUGUAAAUAAAGCUGUGGUUGAUUUUUGCAGUUA